AUGGCGGCGCAAGGGAAUAUGCACAAUCUGACAACUCUCAUCAAAAGACUGGAAGCUGCAACUUCACGGCUUGAAGACAUCGCAACCGCCAUAGAUGGUCCAGGAGCCACUGUAGCAAAUGGAGGUGUUCCGGCUCUGUCACCGCCGUCUGCCUCUGCUGGCACCCCUGAGCAGGCUGCUCCCCCUCCAGAACCCUUACCACGAUCAGUAGAGGCCUUCAACCAAAUAAUCGAGGAGGAUGUUGUUGCUUUUGUCAAGGCUAGCGAGAAGAUUGGCGGUCUCGUGGAGGAACAAGCAAAGGCUGUCAAGGCGGCAUUCGAAGCUGAAAGGACGUAUCUCCAUGUUGCUGCGAAAGCAAAGAAGCCCGAUCCACAACCUCCUGAAUUGAUGACUGAACUCCACCGGCACACCUCAACUGUCGACGAGAUCCGGGAAGCCAACCGACCGUCUCCUCUCUUCACCCAUCUGAGUGCUGUAUCAGAAGGCAUUGUCGCCUUGGGCUGGAUCGUGGAGAAGAGACCGGGUGAUUUUGUGACGGAUACCCUUGGAGGAGCUCAGUAUUAUGGGAAUAAGAUUCUGAAAGAGUACAAGGACAAGGACAAGUCACAUGUCGAAUAUAUCCAGGCCUACUACAAAGUCUUCCGUUCGCUGGCCGCAUACGUGAAGGAGCAUUUCCCUACUGGUCUUACGUGGAACACCAAGGAUGGCAUUGACGCUCUUGAGGCCUUGAAGCAAAUACAGUCUGGCGCAGCAACUCCGCAAGCACCAAUGGCCGGUGGAGCUCCUCCGCCGCCCCCGCCGCCGCCGCCUUUGCCAAAAUUCGACGACGACGGUCCUCCAGCUCCUCCACUACCACCACCAGGAGCCGCUUCGCAAGGCGGAGACAUGACGGCGGUCUUCGACCAGAUCAACCAGGGCUCUUCCGUCACCGCAGGGUUGAGGAAGGUUGACAAAUCAGAGAUGACCCAUAAAAACCCGUCGUUGCGCGGCAGUGCUACUGUACCGCACCGAUCUGGGUCCCAGACGUCGGUUACGGGACGUGGCAAAUCUCCUGUUCCCAACAAGAAACCUGACAGCAUGAGGGCUAAGAAACCAGGCCGGAAGGAACUGGAUGGGAACAAGUGGAUUGUCGAGAACUUCGAGAAUACUCAGAAUGAGAUCAUCGAGAUUGCGGCAGAACUCAACCACAGCAUUCUGAUUUCCAAGUGCAACAAAUGUGUGCUGAAAAUCAAUGGCAAGGCCAACGCGAUCUCCAUCGAUAACUGCACAGGUCUCUCCAUCCUGGUAGACUCGCUGGUCUCCAGCCUGGACGUCAUCAAAGCACCGAAGAUACAGAUCCAGGUCGACGGAGUAGUACCGACAAUUCUUCUCGACCAGGUCGAUGGUGCUCAGAUCUAUCUGUCAAACAAAAGCCUGGGCACGGAGAUUUUCACCAGCAAAUGCAGCGCCAUCAAUGCAGUGCUGCCUCCCAAAGAUGAAUCAGAAGAUGACAGCAAGGAGUUGCCGUUCCCUGAGCAGAUCCGCAGCGUGAUCAAGAACGGAACCCUGGUCAGCGAGAUUGUCGAACAUGCAGGUUAA